AGAAACCUUUUUUUUUUCGGUGACGCGACUAGAAAGUAGAAACAGACCUCUCAUUAGUCUUUACUACCUUGAACCUAGAAAAUCUUCUGCUGCGAAAACCCAUUAUCAAGACUCACCAGACUACUUAAACCCUGAAUUCCUACUGUUGCUCGUCAUUCAAUUUGCUAUAAAAAUAUCUGGUAAUUAGCGUGAAACCACUGCGAGUAGCGAUAUGUGCUCGAUAAUCCCAACCCAUUUGAAAUUCAAGCCCCCAAAUCCUAUAAAUCACUCACCUGAGGCAGUUUGCUCGGUUUUUACCCAUAACUCAAGACCCCCAAAGUAUUGUUUCCGUUUUCAAGGAAGACAUCCCAUGCUAUGCUGCUCUAAAUUUUCUGUGUUAACAAGGGCUUGCAGCGAUGAUGGCCAACGUGAAAUUUUUUCUGCCAAAAAGCUAUCUUCAGCUUCUGAUGUUGAGACAUUCAGUAACAGCUCAUCUAUUUCCAAUGAUGGUUAUAUUGCGUUGUUUAUUCGCAUGCUUGGGUUAGACAAUGAUCCUUUGGAUAGAGAGCAGGCUGUUGUCGCUCUCUGGAAAUAUUCACUUGGUGGAAAACAUUGUGUUGAUAACAUCAUGAAAUAUCAUGGAACUGUCAAUCUUGUUGUAAACCUGCUAAAGUCAGACUCAGAUUCUGCAUGUGAAUCGGCUGCUGGUCUUCUGAGGGUUAUAUCAUCACUCAAUCUAUACAGAGACAUAGUAGCUGAGAGUGGUGCAAUAGAAGAGAUGACUGUCGUGUUGACACGUUCAUCCUUGUCUUCUAAUGUGAAGGAGCAGACAAUGUGUACUCUGUGGAACUUGUCUGUAGAUGAGAAGCUCAGUGCUCGAAUGACUAGCUCUGAGAUCCUUCCUCUACUUAUCAGGUACUUGGAGGAUGAAGAUAUUAAAGUCAAGGAGGCUGCUGGUGGAAUUUUGGCUAAUUUAACCUUGACACAAUCAAAUCAUAAAAUAAUGGUUGAAGCUGGAGUUAUUCCGAAAUUGGCAAAGCUGUUGACAGCUGAUGAGGAAGAAUCUAAAGUCGUUCGGAAAGUGGCAAGAAAUGCAUUACUGGAACUUGCUAAAGAUGAGUAUUAUAAGAUACUUGUCAUGGAGGAAGGUCUAGUUGUGAUGCCCUUGGUAGGUGCAGCAGCAUACAAGUCUUUUAGGCCAGCUUUGUAUUCAUGGCCUUCUUUACCUGAUGGUACAAGGAUUGAACAGAGCUCCAAAAGUCCUUCUAGAUAUGGUGCGUCAGAACUGCUACUAGGAUUAAGUAUUGAAAAGAAGAAUGUCGACUUAGAGGAGGCAAAGAUGAAAGCAGUUAUCGGACGAACACAGCAACAGUUUCUUGCUCGUAUAGGAGCAAUUGAAAAUGAGGAUGAUGGUAAAUCUAAUGGUGAAUCUCCGUCCAGUCAAAGAGUCACACUUUUGCCAUGGGUGGAUGCUGUUGCACGCUUGGUUUUAAUUCUUGGACUUGAAGAUGAGUCGGCUAUUUCCAGAGCUGCACAGUCAAUUGCUGAUGCAUCCAUCAAUGAGCAUAUGCGUGUCUCAUUUAGAGAAGCUGGUGCAAUCAAGCAUCUUGUUCAGCUAAUUAACCAUCCUCGUGACAAUGUCAGAUUGGCUGUAAUCCGAGCUUUGGACAGGCUGUCGAUCAGCAAUUAUGUGUGCCGGAGUAUCGAAGCAGAAGGUGUUUUGCAUCCUCUCAUUAAUUUGCUAAAGCAGUCUAAAUCAGAUAUCUCCCACAGCUCGACUUCAACGAUUCUGAACAUUCUCACUCGGAUUCUAGACCCUAACAAAGAGUUGAAAUCAAAGUUAUAUGAUGGACCAGUAAAUGGGUCGAAUAAGGGAUGGCAUUCGACUAAAACUCCAGCAUCGAUUAACACUCAAGAUAUGAUCUCAGCAGAACAAGUGACUUCCAGCACACAGAGCAUUGGUGUGGGAGAGCUUGUUGAUUCUGCCUUGCUGUCUUGCCUGGUGGACAUCUUGAAGACACCAAUCCCUGAUCUGCAGAGAAAAGCUGCUUCCAUCCUGGAGUAUUUAGUGGUGAUCGAGCCUCCUAGUAUGGAAAAGCUACCCUUGCCUGAUAUUGUAUCUGGCCUAGAAGCAGUUUUCCGGCAGAAAUCUUUAAUAGAGGAGGAGAAUGAUAGAGAGGUGCACAUCUUGGAACUGGAAGAAGCUGGUCUAGCAGUAUCUGCAGCAUCACGGCUGCUUACAAGAUUGCUCGAUUAUCAAGAGUUUUGCCAAUCUCUGGAUUCGGAUAAGUUCACGAAGUUGCUGCGAUCAAUCCUUGUAUCGAGCAUCCCCCUGCGAAACAAAGAAUGGGUUGCUGCUUGCCUCGUCAAACUCAGCACUAUAUAUUUGGAUCCUGUUGAUGUAGAAGUGACUGUGUACGAAAGGAUUCCAAGGUUGAUAGAAGAGAUGAAAAGCUCAGAGUCCCCUCAAGUACAGGAAAGUGCGGUGUUGGAGCUGAACAGAAUAAUAUCUCAAGGGAUAGUGGAUUUCAGCAGAGCUGUUGGUUGUGGCGGAGGAAUAUUUGCGGUGGUGAAGUUGAUGGAGACGGGCAGCGAGCAGGCAGUGGAAGCCAGCUUAGCCAUACUGUACAACUUGAGCAUGGACGUGGAGAACCACGCCGCAAUUAUAGCUGCUGGAGCAGUUCCGAUCUUGAGAAAACUGGUGCUUUCGGACAGACCGCAAUGGAUGCGUGCUCUUCGUCUGCUUAGAAUUCUGCCCACAUCAUACGACUAUGACUAGCUAUUCUUUACUUUUACACACCACUUACUAUUUUUAUGAUUUUCACUUUCCUCACUAGUUCUAGUUGGAAUAAUGCAUGUGAGAUAUUUGGACCUAAGUGGGGUCCAUAUACAUUCUAGUGAUUCUUUAUCAAAUAAUCCAAAAUUUUAUCUCAA